UUUGGGAUUAUGUGGUUCCGGUCAGUGCUAGUCUGCUCUGCUAGACUUUUUAGCCGACAUAAAUCUAAGAUCGGGCGGUCCAAAACUUUGCUAUUUCUCGGCUCUGUUUUACCAUCUUGUAGGUUCUGCUUCUCUCUUACCAUCUAUAAUUUUCUCACAGUGCAACUUCGAUAGAGAAGAUGGGCACUACCGAACCCAAUUUGGAACAAUUUUUUGAAGAGAAGAAACGCGUCAGGAAUCCUCUGGUGCCAGUUGGUGCACUUAUGACAGCAGGAGUGCUCACAGCUGGCUUAAUAAGUUUCAGGCAAGGAAAUUCUCAGUUGGGUCAGCUUUUAAUGAGAGCUAGGGUGGUGGUCCAAGGUGCUACAGUAGCUCUUAUGGUUGGCACUGCCUACUACUAUGGGGAGAACCCCUGGAAGAAGUCAAGUUAGGGUCUAUAAACCAUGUUUGGACUCCGGAACUUGGUAUAGUUCCACUACAAAUGGCUUCUUGUGGUGGAAGCCAUCUUCAUUGUUAACAGAAAGAAGUAUUGUCUUGGCAAAUUUCCGUAGAUGCAACCAUAUUAUUAUUUAUUAUUCUCAAUAAAAGAACAGUCAACAGAAUUUGUAAGA